AUGGAUAAUCAAAAUUGCUCGUCUCACCGAAGUCAAUCUACAAGUUUUCUCCACGAACUUACAAACGGAGAUAGUUCUGAUAAUUAUCCUGACUAUCAUUCUACCCAAGGUCAUGUAGCUAUUUACUCGGACUACGCCACACCCGAUUGUUCAAGACAACCUCUUCACUCUGGCUCCCACUACCCCGUACCAGGCGCUGUUGUUCAUUAUGGUUCUGAAGGAAAUCAUUACCAAUAUAUGGAUUACCCUGACUAUUCUUCACCAAAACCUGGUCAGAGCUUGUCAUACAAUGUUACGAACAGGCCUUGGCGCCAGGAUAAUAAUGUUUCUCAACAGUAUGACAUACAACAAUCCGUCCAUGGUCAAAGCGGGCCAGUAUGGAACAAUCAGCAGGCUUCUUUUUAUCAUCAGCAGGCAGAUCACACUAUUUACUCGAACCAACCUUCAACUCACAGUUAUGGAGGCAAUUCUCUUCCGGAAAAAACAUCUCAUUAUUAUGUGCAACAGUCCUCCAGGCCGCAUGAAUCUCAUAUUUCGUCCCAAGAAGUCUACUCAGCCCCCGGCGUCAACUCUGCAGACAUUGUUUUGCCCGAUACUUCCAUAUCUGUUCAUGGGAAGGGGUCUAUGAUGCAUCCCGCUGGAACGACUAUGUCUUCUAGUAGACCUCAUACUUCGCACAAUCUCAAUACUUCCCUCCACAAGCCAUUACCUUCAACAUCUCAUGCCACUCCCUCAAAUCAUCCUGCUACACUUUGUCGUCCUCAAGUUAGUUCUCCUAAUCCUUAUGGUGGUAAUUCACAAAUGCCUCAUCACGUUAAUUCUAUUUCAACGGCUCAAUCACAACCUAUCUCCGUUGCUCCGUAUCCCCCAACGUCUCCACAUCCUGCUCAUUAUGCUCAUGUGCAGUCAACUGGCCACCAUAGUGGGCAGGUGACCGUCAGGCCCGUUUCUUACCCUAUUCAGAUGGCUAACGAGUCCUCUAGAACUGUGGUUUCUCCUAUUCCUGCUUCUCAAGCUCCUGGCACAUAUUCAAACACUACUAGUGGCAACAUAUCUGAAAGUGCUAAUUAUCUUGUAGGUCGCGUUCCUCAGUCCCUCACCAGUCUUCCUCCAACUUUACUUUCUCAUGCCGAUCCAAGGCAGGCGAACUUUUCCCAUUCUUCGCGAUCCCAAUCUCCUGCUGUCAGUCAUCAUAAAUUAGGAUAUAGCCAACAUAUUUCUCAGGCCCAGCCCAGUAGUGCUUCAUCCAGUGACUCUCCAUAUCGUCCUUAUCAAGAUGUUACUGGUUCAGUACAGGGUCAAAUAACCCAGUCUUCUCUGCCUAACCAACAACCCUAUCCAGAUCCCAAUUCAUCAAUAAAUUCAACAGUGGUGACUAACAAGCAAAUUGCUCUAACUCAAUCUGGACCCUACUCGCAUGCAUUAUACGAAACUAGCACUGCUCCACUUCAACAAUCAGUUCCCUCCAAUAUACCUCCAUUUUCUCCAUUUCCUCAGAAUGCUGAUCCAUGCUCUCCUCCCACCAAGCCUAUCAGCACACCAAUCGCAUCUUGUCCAGCUCCCACUAUUUCUCGACAAUCUGGAACUUAUACUCCACCUGCCCAAACAAAUGUUCAUUCCCAACGGUACCCGGUGACCGGCCCCACGUCCCAUGGAUACUCUGCGUCCUCCACACUUCAGACAAUACCACGGUCUGCGGAAACUAAUGUAUGUAUCACGACAUCCGUUGCUUCUCUUGUUCUUCCAUCCACUUCUGGAUAUCUUCCAGCUGCAGACUUACGUUCAAAUACUUCACCAAAUAGUAGUUCAAAUAUUUCAUUAGUCCAAUCUACCCCUGUGAGUUUAUCAUAG